UUGUCUGGUCUGGUCUGCUGUUGUUUGGAAUUUUCACUUCAACGUUCAAAAUGUAAACAAAAGCUUUGUCUACGUAGGAAAGAAUUGUCAUGUGUAGUACGCACCAUUAAUGGAGGAUGAGGAACAGACAGACCGCGGGACGGGCCGACAGGAAGGUUCAAAGGACACAUCCCCGACCAUAUUUAUCGAGAGAGAAGAAGUCGUGGUCCCUGACGGUGGAUGGGGGUGGUUUAUCGUCUUCGGGAGCUUCCUGUGUCACUUUAUCAUCGGCGGCAUGGAGCGGUCCGCGGGUCUGCUGUACCUGUACUUCCUAGAGCGGUUCAGACAGAGCGCCGCAACCACCGCAUGGACAACCACACUGGCCUCCGCAAUUAGACUCAUGCUGGGUCCCCUGUGUAGUGUCCUCUGUAACAAAUUCUCCUGCAGACACGUGGUCAUCGUGGGUUCGCUCAUCCUCACCGUUACUCUUAUUAUGACGGCGUAUGCACCCAAUCUCGAGACAGUCUUCGUCACUUUUGGAGUCCUUGGAGGGUUUGGACGUAGUUUAGCGUACGCCCCCGCAGUUAUGAUGGUGGGGAUAUAUUUUAACAAAAAGAGAGGCAUUGCCGUGGGUUUGGCAACGUCUGGGGUUGGAUUCGGGUCGUUCGCUGCCCCGGCAAUUGUAGAGAUGGCCUUCCACUUCUACGGUUACAGCGGAGGGUUCUAUAUACUGGCCUGCUUUGCCAUCAAUUUGUGCAUAGCUGGUAUGCUGUUUCGACCUCUGGAGAAGCAAAGAUUACUGAUGGCUUAUGACAAAAGGAGAAAGAGUAUGAAAACUUUUGAUGUUGAAUUUCCACUGAAAGAAAGCAAUUCGUUUAUUUCUCGGGACAGUUUAAAUCAGCUACCGACGGAGUCCGUUCCUGCAGUAAAUCCUACGGACGGGGGAUACCUGGAUGUCGACAGUAUGACACUAGUCGUCCAAGACACCAAGUCAGCUGAAGUGGCUGAAAAGGAACUGCCGCUACUGAAGACCCAGGAAGAUAGCGUUUCUGGGCAGAAUGGCUCAAUGAAAAACGCGGAGAGCUACAAAGAACAUAAAUCUUGUUGUGGUUUCUUCAGAUCUAAAUCUAAGCCGGGACAACCGAGGAAUAACUUUCUGGAGCUCUCUCUUCUGAAAGAUUUCCGGUUUUUGUCAUUCUGUGUUGCCAUUUUGCUGUUCACUCUUGCCUUUCAGUCCGCCUUCGUGUUCCUUCCUGCUUACGGUAAACAGCUUGGAAACACCGACAUGGAGUCUGCGUAUCUUAUCAUCAUAACCGGGGCCUUUGACGGAAUGGGUAGGGUGUUUUCUGGGAUAGUUCUUGAUCUGAAGAAAGUCAAAAGGUUCCGGGUGUAUAUCUACAACAUCAUCAUGUUUAUGGUGGGCGGGGUCUCCUUCGUUAUCCCUAUGACAGGUACGUACACCCAGCUCUGUGUAGUGUGUGGACUGUACGGGCUACUGAUUGGAAUCUACAUCUCCCAGAAGUCUGUCAUCCUAGUCGAUCUGUUGGGCGCGGAAAAACUCAUCAACUCUUUCGGACUCCUGAUAUGUUUCCAGGGCGUGGGGAUGCUUAUAGGUCCACCUUUCUCAGGUUUUCUGAAAGACAUCAACGGACAAUAUGAGAACGCCUUUUAUGUGGGAGGCAGUUCUAUGUUUUUGGGUGCUCUCAUUUUAUUGACUUCAAACAUUCGACAUUUAAUAGAAGAAGUCGUGGUCCCUGACGGUGGGUGGGGCUGGUUUAUCGUCUUUGGAAGCUUUCUGUGUCACUUUAUCAUCCGUGGAAUGGACCGGUCCGCAGGUCUGCUGUACCUGUACUUCUUAGAGCGGUUCAGACAGAGCGCCGCAACCACCGCAUGGGCAACCACAAUAGCUUCCGCCAUCAGAUUCAUGCUGGGUCCUCUGUGUAGUUUCCUCUGUAACAAAUUCUCCUGCAGACACGUGGUCAUCGUGGGCUCGCUCAUCCUCACCGUUACUCUUAUUAUGACGGCGUAUGCACCCAAUCUCGAGACAGUCUUCGUCACUUUUGGAUUCAUAGGAGGAUUUGGACGUAGUUUAGUAUAUGCACCGGCCGUUAUGAUUGUUGGAAUAUACUUCAACAAAAAGAGAGGCAUUGCCGUGGGUUUGGCAACGUCUGGGGUUGGAUUCGGGUCGUUCGCUGCCCCGGUAAUCGUAGAGAUGGCCUUCCACUUUUACGGUUACAGCGGAGGGUUCUAUAUAUUAGCCGGCUUUGCCAUCAACUUGUGUAUAGCUGGUAUGCUGUUUAGACCUCUUCAGAAGCAAAGAUUGCUGAUGGCUUUUGACAAAAGGCAAGAGUUUAAGAAAAUAGCUAUAACAUUGAUUUUGACAGUUUGUAAAUGGAACUAA